ACCUUACCGUUCCCCAGCUCAAGCAAGUGUCCUGAGAAUCUGCUUUCCCUUGUAAUUUGCUAGCAAUAGCGAAAAUAAAAUCUUUUUGCUGGCAAUCGUAAUUUGCUAGAAUCUGCCUAAUCAAUCUAAAUUGCCACACUGAGGAGAAGUAAUGUAAUGAUCAGAAAGAAAAUAACGGACAAGAGCUCCAACAAUCCCCUAUGGCGAAACUGCACAAACAUCAAAACCCUCAAGCAAAUCCACGCUUCAAUGAUCGUAAAUGGCUUCAAUUCCAACCCCUCUGCUCUCAAAGAACUCAUUUACGCUUCAGCCAUUUCCAUCCCAUCCGCCAUCAACUAUGCCCACCAACUGUUCGCUCAAAUUACCCAACCCGACCUCUUCACUUGGAACACCAUGAUCAGAGGCUCAGCCCAGAGCCCCAACCCAAUAACAGCCGUUUCGAUCUAUACCCAGAUGGAAAAACGCAACGUCCAGCCCGAUAAAUGUACUUUUCCGUUUGUACUCAAGGCGUGUACUAAGCUUUUUUGGGUUAAGGCUGGCUGUGCUGUUCAUGGGAAGGUUGUGAAAUUUGGGUUUGAAUGGAACAGUUUUGGAAGAAAUGCCUUGAUUUACUUCCAUGCUAAUUGUGGGGAUAUAAGGGUUGCAAGUGAGCUUUUUGAUGGUUCAGAAAAGGAUGAUGUUGUCGCUGGGUCGGCUUUGACAGCGGGUUAUGCAAGGAGGGGGGAGUUGGGGGCCGCGAGGAAACUGUUUAACGAGAUGCCUGUGAAGGAUUUGGUUUCUUGGAAUGUGAUGAUUACCGGGUAUGCAAAACGAGGAGAGAUGGAGAGUGCCAGGGAACUUUUCAAUGAGGUGCCGAAGCGGGAUGUGGUGACUUGGAAUGUGAUGAUUGCUGGUUAUGUGUUUAGUGGGGAGCAUGAAAGGGCGCUGGAGAUGUUUGAGGAGAUGAGACGUGUAGGAGAACGACCGGAUGAAGUGACAAUGCUGAGCCUUCUUUGUGCUUGUGCUGAUUCAGGAGCUUUAGAUAUUGGGGAGAAAAUACAUUGCUCCCUUUUGGAAAUGCAUUCAAGGGGGUUGAGCAUUUUGCUUGGUAAUGCGCUUAUAGACAUGUAUGCAAAGUGUGGGAGCAUUCAAAAAGCGCUUGAAGUGUUCCAAGGGAUGAGAGAGAAGGAUGUGUCGACUUGGAACUCAAUUAUAGGAGGGUUAGCUUUCCAUGGCCACUCAGAGGAAUCCAUUUGUCUUUUCGAGGAAAUGAGGAGACUUAAAAUCAGGCCGAAUGAGAUUACUUUUGUUGAAGUUCUUGUUGCUUGUAGUCAUGCUGGGGAGGUGAAACAGGGCCAUCGAUAUUUCAACCUCAUGAAAGAUGAGUAUAAUAUCGCGCCAAACAUAAAGCAUUGUGGAUGUAUGGUGGACAUGUAGGGGCGCGCUGGGAAACUGGAAGAAGCUUUCGAGUUCAUAGACACCAUGGAGAUCCAACCUAAUGCGAUUGUGUGGAGAACUCUACUCGGGGCAUGUAGGGUACACGGAAAUGUUGAGUUGGGAAGGCGUGCAAAUGAGAGGUUACUUGGAAUGAGAAAUGAUCAAAGUAGUGACUAUGUACUACUGUCAAACAUAUAUGCCUCCCAAGGUGUGUGGGAUGGUGUUGAAACAGUGAGAAAAUUGAUGGAUGAUAGUGGAGUGAGAAAAGAGGUUGGUGGUAGUCUGAUUGAAGUAGACAAACAACGAUGAAGAAUGGAUAAUAGUACACGCUCCAUCACAGCACGAGCACGAGUAUAGCAGUGCAUCCCUAGUCGCCAUAUCAACAGAAGGUGAGACUGUGAAGUCCAAUAACGUAGACAUUGGUGUGGGCUAUGAGUAGACAAACUACGUCGGAAGCACACCAUUGUUCAGAGACAGAGACGAGUAUGUCGUGGGCUGUAAGUAGGCAAACUGUGGCGAAGGAUAGACAAUACCGUAGAUCGGCAUAGAGUACACAACCGGCACACUGGAACACACAAUCGGCAUACUGGAACAGUAAAUUGUGUCGGUUGCAAUCGGCCCAAACGGCAUGCUAGACAUAGAGUUUAGGGUUUUAGAGUUUAGGGAAAACUCAAAUGGUCGUAUACUAAAUCAGGGGCCACAUCAUUUCUUAAAUCAAAAAAAUGUCUUUGACAUGUACCUGACCAUUUCUUUCUUAUUUUCCUGACCAGGAAAAAACUUGUUCUAGUGUAUUUCACUUCAUUUUUUUGUCA